ACGAUACCAAUAUAAGAACAAACCACCAUUUUUGUCAUCUAAACUAUCAGAUGAGAAGAGAAGAGCACUGCCAUACAAUGGAUCACACAAAUGGGCCUUGGCAGUUAAGCCCAUAGGGCCCAAGAAGUAAAGGAAACGCCAAAACUAAGAAAAGAAAGAGGAAGAAAAAACCGGUUUCGGUUGUUGUGGUGUGUGUUUUGCACUCACCAACGACGCAGUUCUGUGCAGAGAGAUCUGCGUAUAUUCUAUUUCCGUCUUCACUGCAGUUUAAUCUUCAAACUGACACUACCCGACACAACUAAUUCUUCACUCCGAUCUCAUUCAACUCAACCACCAUGCACCAAUAACCCAAACCCGACCCAACCAGAUCCAAUCCAACACCGUCUCAGAGACAUGGUCUUUGCCAAACUCCAGGGCGCCAAGAACAACCUUCGAAUCUCUUCCUCCCUUCAGGAUCUAUCUUCCUACCGUAACAUCGACCCCGAACAUGGCCUUCUCCGAGACCCCAUCAACGCAAGUUUCUCCAAGACCAAACCGCUUCAGCUCCCCAACCCGGGUCGCCGCAAAUGCCUCGUCCCGAUCGCGAUCAUUGCCUUCCUCCUCCUCAUCCUUUUCCUUCUCUACCACUUCUACUCCCACCAAGCCUCCCCCAAAUACUACGUCGUUCUCGACUGCGGCAGCACCGGGACACGUGUCUACGUCUACAAGGCCCAAGUCCAACAAGCGCACUCCACCAACUUCCCCAUCGCCAUCCAAUCCCUAAAAGACGGCCUCCGGAAGAACCCCGCCAGUGGCCGCGCCUACGACCGGAUGGAGACCGAACCGGGCCUUGAUAAACUCGUCCACAACGUAACCGGUUUGAAAAUCGCGCUCAAACCGCUUCUAAAAUGGGCGCAGAAGCAGAUUCCAGAAGCUUCCCACAGGUCCACUUCCUUGUUCCUCUACGCCACCGCCGGGGUCCGGAGACUCCCCUUCGAUGACUCCAAGUGGCUGCUCGAUAAUGCGUGGAACGUGCUUAAAGGUUCGCCUUUUGUGUGUCGGAGGGCUUGGGUGAAGAUCAUUUCCGGCACUGAGGAAGCUUACUUUGGCUGGAUUGCGCUUAAUUAUGACAGUGGCAAUCUCGGGGUUGAGCCCCGUAAGGAAACCUACGGUGCUCUUGAUUUGGGCGGUUCUUCUCUGCAGGUGACUUUUGAGGGUUAUAAUCAACAGCAUUUCAAUAGUGAGACUAGUUUGUAUGUUAGGAUUGGGUCUGUAAACCAUCAUUUGACUGCUUAUUCUCUUGCUGGUUACGGCCUCAAUGAGGCCUUUGAUAAGUCUGUUGCGCGUGUUUUCAAGAAGUUUGGGUAUAGUGUUGCGGAUGCUGUGAAGGGGAAUCUGGAGGUUAAGCAUCCGUGCUUGCAGUCUGGAUACAAGGAGCGCUACACGUGCUCGCAUUGUGCUGCUUUGGAGAAAGGAGGGGAGAGUCCUAAGGUUGAGGGGAAUGAGAAUUUGUUAGGGAAGAAGGAAGGAUUGAAGACCGCGGUGACUCUUGUUGGCGUGCCGAAUUGGCAGGAGUGUAGCGCGCUGGCGAAGGUUGCUGUGAAUUUGUCUGAAUGGAGUGAUGUUAGUCCUGGGCUGGAUUGUGAGAUUGAACCCUGUGCUCUUGGUGAUAACUUGCCUCGCCCUACGGGACACUUUUAUGUGAUUUCUGGAUUUUUUGUGGUGUAUAGAUUUUUCAACUUGAGUGCAGAGGCCACGCUUGAGGAUGUGUUGGAGAAGGGUAGGGAAUUCUGUGAGAAGAGAUGGGAUGUUGCAAAGAAUAGUGUUGCUCCUCAGCCCUUUAUUGAGCAGUACUGCUUUCGGGCACCGUAUAUUGCAUCAUUGCUUAGAGAGGGUUUGCACAUUACUGAUAAGAGUAUAACUGUUGGUUCUGGAAGUAUCACUUGGACACUUGGAGUGGCUUUGUUGGAAGCUGGGAAGGCGUAUUCUGUUAGAUUUGGCCUUCGUGGUUUAGGCUUGCUUCAGAUGAAGAUGAAUAUACCUUUUCUUGUUCCCAUUUUGAUACUUUCGUUUAUUCUUCUGCUUUGUGCUUUAUCGUGGGUUGUCAAUUGGAUGCCAAGAUUUUUCCGGAGACAAUAUCUUCCAUUUUUCAGGCAUAACAGUGGGUCCAGUGCAUCUGUCCUUAAUAUCCCAUCUACAUUUCGGUUUCGGCGGUGGAGUCCAAUCAAUUCUGGGGAUAGAAUAAAGACCCCACUCAGCCCAAGAGCCGCAGGUUCACAGGGUAGAUCGUUUAGCCUGGGACAGGGUCUUGGUGAUAACAGUGGCAACAUCCAGCUGAUGGAGUCUCCCUUUCAUCCAUCAGCUGGUAGUUUCUUGCAUAGUUAUUCUUCAAACAAUUUAGGGCAGCUGCAGGUUGACAGCAGUAGUAUAGGGGCAUUCUGGUCAUCCCACAGAAGUCAGAUGCGCCUGCAAAGUAGGAGAUCUCAAUCUCGGGAAGACCUGCAUUCUUCAUUGGCUGAGACGCAUAUGGUGAAGGUUUAGGGGGUGAUCUUCUGAAAACUUUGGUAUGCUUACACUGAUAUCUUCUUUAAAGUUACAGUUUUUUAUAUAAAACAAAACAUUUUUUCCUUUUGGUUAUCUUUACCAAUUCGUCGUAGGCAUUCUUUUUUGUAACAUAAGAAUAGUUAUAGGUAAAUUCUAGUAAAGCACACACGCAUAUUCUUUUUUGUUGAUUGUCCUUUCUAUAUUUUCGAAGUUAUUGAUACAAAUUUCUUAACAAUACUAAUUAAGAUUUCCACGCAUUUCUCUUAUGUUUGUAAAUGCUGUUGUUCAUGAGCUACAAAUUUUAUGGCUUGACACGAGUAGUAGGCCAAUUAAAUUGGACUGCUCAACAUGAAAAUUUUCUGGGCAUUGCCUGAACAUCUUGUUAAUUGUCAUCUGUAAUGAUACUUCUUCACAAUUCCAUGCAAAUUGUAAAACAUUGAUACAUGUCCCAGCAUUUCAGUUUUUGUCAUGGAGAUGAUCAAGGGGGCUAAAGAAGAGUUGGCAAGAUUGUUUAAUUCCAUUCUAAUUUACAUCUUCUGGAUCAUACUUCUAAACUGAUAUCUUCCACGAGAUGCAUAGCACAACAAACAAGUUCUGAUUCCAUCAUUCCUAACCACUCUCCUUUAGUGGCUACUGAGGAUCCAUGUUCUACUGUCACUGUACAGUUUUCCGGUACCAUAAGCCUUUUGAUUAUGAAUGAAGCAUCAAACUGUGGCAGAGAGAAUAUCUUCAAACUGCUGAGAUCAAUUCAUUUGUGACUAUUUUCGUACCAUUUUUUAGAGUAAUAAACCUCCAUUACUACAGAGAAUCUUCCCAUGCUUCAAAGGGGACUUGUGACUGGAAAGCUCUAAAAGUUAAAUCUCUUAGAAAAGUUGUAAUAUAGUACAAUGCUCACAUCUUAUAUGUUAAAUAAGCUAUUGAAUCCA